CUUACUAUUGAAUGUGUUAAUUUUGCACUGAACCUUGACAUGCAGUUCAUAAUUGCAAAAUAAAGCAUAUAAUCAACACAACACAAGCCAAUAACUCUACGGAAGCUUAUCACAUUGAAACCAUCUGAAAUGUUUCUCUCUCUUCAACCUUUUCAUUGCAGAUUUGACCAACGCGCGAAGGAAUCCGGCCUCCAGCGGAAACGUGAACUUGAACUUCGGCACCAGCAAAACUAGACGGACUAACUCAAACUUCACACAUGAUCCGCCAGAUCCAGCCAGUCUUUAGUGUGCGGCAUAAAAAUACAGAAAGCAAAAAAAACGAACACUAAAAAAUCGAAACAAGUUAUCCAUUCUGCAUCGCUGAAGAAAACUUUAAUUGAAGCAAUCGACUGCGGGGCGGCGGCGGACGAACGAACGAACGAGAACCAGGGGAAAAUAUAAACAAUUUUAAGGCGCUCGACGUGCAUGUGAAAUUUACGUCAAUCGUCGGCAUACAGAAAGUUUGCCGGUGCGAAAAGCGCGUCCACAGUCAGCGAUUUGCAAUCCAAAACAACACUGACUGACUGACUCGCCGAACCGCCGAACGACCCGAGUCUUUGGCCUCACCAAGCCAGCGUGCUGCACCAAUACAAACACACCGAUCAGUUGACUUGUAGGCGCACGCAAGCCGGCACUGGUAUUAUCGGGGAUUCAGAACGUGUGUAGCAGAACCCGAGCGGGCGGCAAAAGAAUAGGAGAAAAUCCGAGCACGUCUUCGGCGCUCGGUAAAAUCACUCGUGUCUUCACACAAAGCCGCAGCAGCACGCGGAAGAACGAUACGACGACGGUCGUCUGUGAAAAUUCGCCAACAUCCAGAGGACGCAGUCAGUUAGUCGGUGGUUGGCAAGCUAUCGGUGCUGAUUCAUUGUUUCAUUCAUCAGAAGGCUGCCGCGCGACGAGCAAGUGUUUUCUCGAAAGCAGUGCUUGGGGGAUAGAGAUUUGUAAAUCCCUGUGUGAAACGAUUUUAUAUGCUGUAUGAUAAACGUGAAAUGACAGAAGAAUAAGAUGAUCGAGAAAACAGUGUCGUGGGAAAAUAUCCGGUGGACGCGUGCGAUCAGUUCUUAGUGAUUUCGAAGCGGAUGCGUGUUUGUCAUUGGAUAUAGCGACGGAAUCAAUGAAGAAGCACAUCCACAAAGUGCGGUCAUAUCAUAAAUUAGCCAGUGGAUUUCAGUGUCAAGCGAAUGUGUCUCAGAGUGACAGAGCUGAAGAAGCGACAAUGAAACUUCGGUGCCAAUUGCAUUAGCCACACCGCAUCACCACGAGGUGCCAUGAGGUGUGACAGUUGAAGCGAAGACAAGCGAAGAAGCGAAACUUUCAGUUCAUAUGAAAUUGUGCACACAAAAAAUGACGAAACCCAACCAAGCGACCAAAAGUGAAACUAGCGUAGCACAAUGUUAGCCGUAGACUGCCUGGUCGGUGGAUUAUUGCUUUGCUCGAUCGGUGUGAAUAUCCUAGCGUUGGGCGCUUUCUGGGUCACCCCUAGUUUGCGAACGACUGCGAAUCGGUUCGUGAUUAACUUGCUGAUUGUGAACUUGGUAUGUUGUAUAAUUUUGGGCCCAUCGUUGCUGCUGAAUGCAUUUACAUCGAAAACGACGGCAUCGACGGCACAGCCGUCAACGGUCGUGGUGCUGGCCGCAACCACCGUGUCAACCUCGACGACAAACGCUACGGCGGCAACGACCUCCGGAAACACUGGACUUCCAUACGCGACCGUAGUGAAUGCCACCGCCAGUGACGGUAGUAGUGUAAAUAAUCAAACUGAUAGGAUAGUUAAAUGCUUGAACGCCACCACAACUACAACCACCAUCGAAUGUGAUACUAUAUUGAUAAGAAGCGGUGUAAAUAUCGAAGAUGUGCUGCACGUGAAAACUGUCCGUGAUGAUGUAAUCGAUCUGAAACUGACGCUAACCAAGAUAAGAUGUUGGGGGCUCGACUUGGCCGUGGCUCUCGGUGCUCUCUCGGUACUGCUGGUAGUCGGUGAUACAUGGUGUGCCAUUACCGAUCCCCUGCGGUACCAUUCUAGGAUUUCCGAGCUCAAGGCUUGGGCAUUUAUCGCAACGACUUGGCUGCUGGGGAUAGCCUUCGGAAUUGCUUCCGGAUUUCGUGGUGAUCAGAAAAACAUUACACUGUUUAACAACCGGAUAACAAGUUCUGAAGCAGCGGCAGCGCUCGAAUCUAGUCAUUUAAAUAAUAAAAACCUAACGGCCGUCCACCACGAUAAUGGCCUCAUAAAUCAUCUCAACAUUUCCGAGGAUUUGUACAACACCAUUUUCUCCUACACGUACUUUGUGAUUGUGAUUCUGUUGCCGUUUGCACUGGUAUGUGGCAUGUAUUGGAGGAUAUUUUCGGAAGCUCGCGAGAGCGGUCAGCGGAUGCGGCAAAAUGGGUCCUCUCCGCUGCUACAGAGUGCACUGAAUCUGGCAGCCGUGUCGGCACAGAAGCAGGCAGAAAAACAAGCCGAGCAGCUGCGCCAGCAAUCGGACCGAGACGGGUGCGACGGGCUGACUAUGAAAAUCGAUAAGCAGAUUCAUUAUGAAGAUGAAACCAUCACUGUAAAUAGUAUUCAACAAAAUAGUAGUAUUAAACCCAAGGAUGUCUGCCUGAAGCCUUUGUUGUCACCGACGCCGACACCCACUCACCAGUGCAAGGAAAUUUCGGAAGAAAAACCGGCCAUAGUACAAAUAGCAAACAGUGCCACCGCAGUGGAGCUACUGUCCGCACCAAUUAGCAGACCAAAGCCAUCAAUGAAACAAGACCGGAAUCACAACAUCAUGCUAACGCCCCCGACAGAACCACAAGGCAAAAUUCGACGCAACCACAGUGCUGGUCGACUGGUCAGCUUCAGUGAACAAAACCAGGAAAUUCGUCCUGGUUUGCGGCAGGUUCACUCAACUCCGAACUUUCAAAAACUCGCAUCACAGGAGUUUGACCACAUCGGUAAUCAUCACAUUCUCUCCCUGCCCGCCGUACACGUGCCUCCCAAGGCGCUCAGCUACAUGACUUCGAUUCGACAUCGACUCUCAAAUGCAUCUUCCUUGUUCAAAUACCGCGAAGAAUCACGUGCAGCUCGAAUCAGCAUUCUGGUGAUAAUUAUGUUUCUGGUAUCGUAUCUCCCGUACGGAGUGCUGGUACUGAUGCAGGGCCAUGUAGACUUGGUGUUGGUUUCCGACCAAGCCCUGCUGGCCAUAUUCACGGUGGUCAUCGCGAACCUCAGCUCGCCAUUCAUCUUCGCGUACCGGAAUAAACGAGUCCGCCGGGGCGUCAAGCGGUUGCUCGGGAUUGACAAGAAAACCAACGAGCGGCUACAGAAGCUCACCAGCAGCAACACCCACUUCAACAACAACAACUACAACGCCAACAUUAGCUUUCAUCAGGCCACCCCCAACGGGACCGGCGCCGGAACCGGACCGGAUGGAGCCGACUCCUUCGGCGGCCAGCACCACAAAUCGCACAAGGUACGAAUCGCCAGUCUGUCGCGGAGUAAUAGUUCGUGCAAGUACCUUACCCCGAACCACGCGGCGGCCGUCGCCGUGGCCAACGGGUUCAUCGUCGAGUUCGAGCGGUAUCCGUCGGACGAGCUCAACAGCCUGUGCAUCCAGAAGAAAUCGAUACUGAAACGAGUCUGUGAUAGCUCCCGGAAGUGGGGCUGCAACUUUGCCACCAACUCCUGCACCAGCAACGACGAGCAGACGGAAGUGUAGCUGUAAGUUUGGGGUGGGGUGCGAGGGGUAGAAUGAAGUGGGUUUUUUUUUCGGGCGCGGUUGAGAAUCAUGUCUCCGGCAAAGUUUGGCGGUGAUAUAAGUGGUGAUGAUAAGUAAUCGGUAUAAGAAAAAAGUUUCGACGAAAGUUUCAAGAAUGAAUCGUAAUUGUUGCCUGAUGCUGUUGACGCAAAUAUAAUGAGCUCAUAAUUCAUUAACAUAAUUAAAAAUACAUAAUCAAACUUCAGCUUAUUUGAAGGAAACUGAUAUAUUUCCGGCAAAUUGCAAGUUGAAAUAAGCCUUGAUAAGCUCUCUUUUGUUUGUCGAGUCUUGAAUUGCUUAUGCGUCCAGCUCAAACACCUUGGAACAAUUUAUUGAAUAGCUUCAAGAUGGGCUAUUCAAAAAGGGGAAAAUUCAGUAAAUUCACAUCUGGAGCAACAUUUGGAAAGGGCAUACAAGAAUUGGUAAACAAUGACUCAACACGUCGCUCCUGAGCCCCAUCAGCUUCACACAAACUAAGACCGUUAUCAGAUAGAGCAAACUUCGAUCUUUCGGAUAACGGUGUUCAUUUGCGUGGGUGGGCUGCUGUUAGACCCUACGGAGCGUUUCAGAAAAAGACACAAGACCUUUUCAAAUGUUGCUCCAGACAUGUGAAAUGUACUCGAGUUUUAAUAGAUUGAAGAAUUUCUAUUUUGGGUCCAUAUUUUUCAACCUUAUUUACUCUAGAUUCAUGGUUUUGACAUUGAUGGGCGAAGCCUAGUUGUUUGAUUAUCAAUUUUGGAUUUCUAUUGUCUCAAAUUUCUGUUUCUCAGAAAAUCCCAUUUUUACUAUCUAGAAUGCUAUUGCAAUAAGCAAGUACAUAAGUGUAUGCUCAACUUCAAAAACUAACAUCUCUGGCUUUCAGUGAUUUUCCAGGUUCUUCACAAUUCUUCAAAAGCUGUGGAAUAUCGGGUAUACUUUUGACUUUAUCUAAUUGCAGAUAUUAAAAAAAACACACACAUUUGAAAAAUUCAUAAAACAAUUCAUAAGCAAUUUGGCUGAAAAAUCAACAUAUAAAAAAACAAGAAAUUAUUCUAGCAAACUUUCUGACAAAAUUCUUCGUUGAUUUCUAUCAGAAAAUUCAUAAAUCUAUUAGAAUUUCACCUACAAAACACGGGGAAUCAUAAACAAACUUUAAUGAUGAUGAUGAACCUGGGCGUGUUAGUGGAAUACCUGUAAGUAUAAAGGAAAUCAGAUUAAAUACUGUUCUCUUUUAAUUCCACCAAGAAUUUGCAUCCUUUGACAGAUACGUAGUUUGACCUCAACUGUAAGGUCGUCUUUAAUGUAUUGUACUUGACUCGACUCAAACUUUUAAUGAUCUAGUCCAGCGUUUCUCAAACUAUGGGUCGCGACCCACUGGUGGGUCGCGGGCUGAUUUUUGGUGGGUCACGCGGUCUUUUUUAAAUUAUGCCGAAUGUUAUUGCUAGCCAUUUUCUAAUUUUCGAAUACUCCCUUGGAAAAUCCAUUUCAAGAAGAGUUAUUUCUAGAAAUUCUAGAAAGUCUUGUGUGGAGUAUAUUGAAUGUUGAAACUACUGUUCUUGAAACGAUUCCGAAAUUCUGAGUUUUCAAUUGGAAGUUUUAAGCAAAGAUAAACAGACUUUACACUCUGCUCGCUUCUUAUCGAACACCGCUUUAAUGGUUGAUUCAAAUAUUCGGGAGUUGGUUAAUUGACCACUCGCGUCGUUGGUAUUGUUUUUGCUACUGUUUGACGUUUGCUCACUUCCGCCACCUAGUGGUGGUCCGGCUAAGUAUAGUACGAUUAGCAUUAGCAUUAGCGAUUGCGUUUUCGUAACGAUUUUUUAAUGUAAAGUUGUUGCUUGCGUUAGCAUUUUGUGGUUGACUUACACGCCAGUUUCAGCAGUAAAAAUAUCAAAAUUUAGAAAUACCAAAAACUAGCAAAAAAAUACCGAACUUCGACAAGAAACCUUCUCUUCAACAAACUUCAGUAAAGUUAAACUUCUUUAAAAUUCCGAUGAAAGUCGAUCAUCUGAACUUAAACGGAACAACUGAAAAGUGAUUCCAAUAAAAUUGGAAAUAAAAUAAGUGUGAAUGAAGAAUAUUAUUAAAAAUUUCAAGAGGACUCAUCUGACCAUUUAGCAGUACUAGAAUUCUAAAAACUAUUUGAUGUUCACCCACUCGCUGGGAAUAUCUGUAGUAUUUUCAACCGAGAUUUAAUUUUAAAGUGCUGCAGAAACUUGAAAUCCUAUUUCAAAUUUUUAAGACUAAGAGUUAACUGAUGCUGCAAACUUGUUCAUCUUAACCUUUCUUAGACUUUUGCAAAAAAAAUACUAUAAGAGCACUAUAAAUAGAUUGAGAGCUACGUCACGUAAGUUUAAAAAAGACGCGGACACUGUCUUCAGCCAAAGGCUGCACAGACUGAAUGAAACUUAACACUAGACAAGGGACACAUGGAGCAUGCACCAGUGGAUACGGAGAAGAAACUAUUCUCACGAAAAGUUUCAUCGCCCGGAGCGGGAAUCGAACCCUCACCCCACAGCAUGGUGCGAUUAGAAGCUUGGUGACUCUAACCGUACGGCUACGAGGCUCCACAUCAAGUUUAUCACAACCUAUGGAAGUGAUUAAAUGCCUUCAAGUCCAAAUUUGCAAAAAAAAAACUUAUUUUAUAAAUUUUCGUGCUGGUGGGUCGCCAAAUUCUUUAAAAAUCAAAAGUGGGUCGCAAGCUGAAAAAGUUUGAGAACCCCUGAUCUAGUCAAUUAUGUGCGAAUGAAACUUUCGAAAAUUCGUCACAAGAACCUUCAGGACAAAAACUCAUCUAGAAGUUUUUUUUUUAAUUCCUUAUAUUGUAUACUAAGCUGUUUGCCAAUAUUAUAAAAAUUUCAAUACAGAGCACUCCAGUGAAUUCUACCAUGAAAACCCCCUCGGAAAUUCCAUCAAAAUUUCUAUCAGAAAUACCAUAGAAAAUGUGUCUAAAAUGUUCUUCCGGGAAUUUGGAAGAAGUUAGGUACUUGAGAAAAGACGUUACCAAGAAUCUUUCAGUGAAGUCCAGUGGAAAGUGUUCAAAGAAAAUUACAAGAAUAUUCAGAUUAGCUCCGCCAUAAUACUUUCAAAUUAUUCCGCAAUUUCGUCUUCCGGAAUUUUCAAAAGUUUACCCCAGAUGUUAUUCAUAAUUACCAAUUGAUUUCUACAAUUAUAAUUACUCUACAAGUUUGCUAAUAUUUUUGUAAUCAUCAAGUAAUUCUGCCACAAAUUCUUCUAAAAUUGUACAUAUAUUGUAUAUUUAUAAUUCAAGGAAAACCACGUGCAUUGCACGCUGAGAAUGUGGGAUCACAAUUUCACUUGCGAACAACUCGCCAAACGUGAGUUUUUUCUUAUGAAGAGUCUAGAAGCCGUGGGUUCCGAGUUGAUGUAACCAGAACAAAAAAUUCCUUUAAAUUACUUAAAAUUCAAAGAAAUGUAGCAUGACUACGUAAGAGAUUGGGUUGUGAGCAUUUCAAUAAAAAUCCAAAUAAAACAUCUGAGGAAAGCUCGGGAUUUCAUAUAUUUAGAUAUAUGACAAGGUGAUCUCCAUGAUGUUCUACAACGAUUUCCCUUGUCAUUCCCUCAGAAUUUAAGAGUUCUCCAGGUGAUAUUUUAUUCCUCACUUAUUUGCAACGUUCUUCCAUGUAUUCUCUUAGAUCUCUGAAAUGUUUAAAGUCUAAAAUUUCGACCAAAGUAAAGUUUUUAAAAAAACUUUGAUUCUUUUUUUAAAUACUUUUGUACAUCCUCAACAAAAUUGAUGAAAUGGAUGCCAGGAGAUUCAAUGAAUAAUAUGUGUCCAUAAAGCAGAUGUAAACGCCAUUCCAAGUUUUUGUUAUAAUAGUAGUUCAACAUUCUGGACUCUUUACAAUUUCGAUGGUGAAAAAAUGUUUAUAACGAUUAUAAAUCUCUAGAUUAUUGAGAGAAUGAGAAAACCUGUACGUACAGGUCUAACAUCCAAAUCUCUAGAAAUAGAAGGAAAGGAUGACAUCUACUCAAUGAGAGGCGGAGCGACUAACCGACGUCCUCAUAUACAUAUAUCAAAGGAGUGGUCUAGGGUAGAAAUCUGUUUCGUCAUAUGCGCCAAUGUUCGUCAUAUCAGACGAAAAAUAUUCAAUAUUCGCGGAUAAUUCAAUACCUAGAGGCAUAAAGAAGUAGAUUAUCGAUGACACCUAACGUUCCAAUGCUAUUGAGUAUUUUUUCUACAUUUAUCGUUUAAAUUUCACAACACUUACGAGGUAAUGCUCUUCCUUUGUUACAAAGGGAACCACACCAAGUUAGAUUUUCCGAACAAACAAUUACAGUUGUUUUAUACUUUUUGAGUAAACCACAGUGUAAUGAUAUAGAUAUGACGGAAAUUGAAUUUAUAUUGUGAACAAAACGAGCAUGGCGUAGACGCAAACGGCCGUCAAGGGAUGUAUCCAAUCUCAUUUUUUUUUAAAGAUUACAUCGUUUUAAAAUUAAUUGAUCAGUCAGUAAUCUGGAAUCGAAUUGGUUAUGAAGUAUAAAGCAUAGUACGAGAAAAAGAUUGAUCACUAUUAUAUUCCAGUGCUUUAUAUGAUGGGAAUCUAGGAUUCACCGUGAUUGAAAAACAGGUGUGAUUUUUUAGCCUCUCUUUUGCACUGUUUUUCCGUAUGAUAAAUAUUUAUAUAUUAUAUAUAUAUAUAUAACAUAUGUGAAAUAAGAGCAUCUGCAAAUACUUGCGUGUGUCCUUCUGUCGAGAGUAACUUUACCUACGGCCGGAUUUAGAGGAGGAGUCCAUGUCCUCGGACCCCCACAAAGUUUCUCUUCACCACUAAAAAUGUGAAACAAGGUAAAACUAGUACAAGACACAUCUUUUGGUUCGAAUGUUAAAAUAAGGACUUCAGAUACUAUACUGCAACCUGGCAAGGUUCUUGUAAUAUGAUUGGUUUUCUAUUGGAAAUACUAGUCUAGCUUCUUAUAAUCUUUCAAUUUUUUCUCUUACAUUUGUCAUAGUUUUUUUUUUUUUGGAAAUUGAGUAAGAAUAUGAAAACGAACAUUUUAAUAAAUACUUAACAUGGGAAACCCCCCACCCCCCAAAUUAUUUCAAGAGUUUCUUAAAUUUCUGCCAGAAAAAGUACCGCAAAAUGUACAUAUCUUCAAACAAUUUCGCCCGAAAUUCAUGUCAAAAUUUUUUGGUAAAGUUCUCAGAAAUAGCCCAAACAGUGUUGCAGGUUUCCUGAUUUUUACUUUGCAUCUUUGUUCGCAUUUGAAUCCACUCUGCAGCUAACGGUUAUCGCUUUUAUUUAUUUUCUUGCUUGUCAGCGACGGUAGCAAACUCCAGCGAGCCACACUCGCAAAUUGUUCAUUCGUUCAGAUUUGUUCUUUCCAUUCGCAUCGCUAGUGAUGGCCAGGCUUGAUCAUUCUCUUCAAAAUCAAAAGAAUUUUACAACAUUCUCUAGAGCGGUGUUUUGCUUCUGCCUCAUCGCGAGGGAGCGAAUGAACCUCAAACAGAGAGACAAUAAAAAUUGAGCGAAGCAGAGGCGAACGAGAAUAAAGCCGAUGAUGCCUCGAGAGUCUUUCUUUGUAUGGGAGUGGAACUCGCAAGAGCUUUUGAGUGUGAGUGGACGUGAGAAACACAUGAAGCUUGUUGGUCAAACUCCUCGUUACGCGAAAAGCUCGGUGCUGUUGAGGAUUUGCAUUGUGAUUUCUUAGUUUCAUUUUUUCUCCUCAGAAAUUCGCCAAAACCGCUUCCUCAUUUUCUCGCGAGAGAGUUUCUGUCAAGCCUGGUGAUGGAUCGACGAUGCGAUUCGUGAGUGACUUUUAUUUUUUUGUUGAUCUAGCUUUUCAAUCCAAUCAACAAUCCACUUUAAAAAGCAUACAUUAAAAGCAAAAAUGCUGAGCUAAUUAUAAUUACAAAUGCUUCGAUCGAAACGGAACUCUUCGGUGCUCUUUCUAUGUUCAUUCGCCAUUCACUCAUUUGCAUCCGAACCGAACUAACGAACGAACAGCAACGAAUAACAAAACCAAGCGAAUGCCGCAUCGCAUCGUACUAACGAUGGGGUUGCGUGGUUCGUUCAAAGCAACCCGUUCGCGCAUCUUUGUCGAUCGCUUUAGCAGAGAGGGGUGAAUAUGAGUGGAAUGAGGCGAAUAUACGGACCCUUGGUAGAGUUAUACCUUUUUAUGCUAAAAUUCCAAUAGAAAAUGUUUAUUGGGCCGUAAAGGAUUCAGCAAGAAAUUCCUCUUGGAGGUUUCACGGAAACGAUCCCAAAAAUUACACUGUAUUUUUUCUGAAAUUACUGAUAUACAUUUUCUUGAAAUUUCUCUAGAGACUCUAUCACGACUUUCGACUAAAUCUAUGGAUUCCAUGGGCAUCGUUUUCACACCUAAAUCUCGAUUAUUCGAUAUAAAUGAAUAGUGAUAGUACAAACUUUUUGUCUAGCUACACUAAUUGAUUGUCCUAGACUUAAUUACCUCCAAAAGAAUACUGAAACUUAGUCGUAAAAAUGAUGAAAGUUUUUCUAGCAAGAACUCCCUAACAAACAUUGUGCUCCCGGGCUCCCAUAUUUGCAAAUCUGGGCCUUGUCAAUACCUAGUAAUUGCGGUAGUAAUCAUGAGAAUUUGAUUAGAGAUCUCAAUAUGAAAUUCAGGAUAACGCAGAUUAAUGACCCUUCAAAAUUUGGUUAAUUUCGAAGUUAAUUUGGUUAAUAAGAAAGUUCUUAGAGUUGCAUCGUGUUUUUAUAUUUUUCUGAUCAAUCGUAAAGAAAAAUCUUGAUGAGUGUAUCUGAUUCCCGUAAGUCAAUUUAAGCUUGAAAACGUCCAACCAGAUCAUCUUACAAGUUGUAAUGAUUGCCAUCGCACGAAUAAAUCUAACCAGAGACGUGACAACAACCAACUCAACGCAUUCCUGCUUGAAGUCCUAGGCAUAACGAUCGCCAUGUGCAUUCGAACGCAUAGCCCUGAGCGUCGCGCAGUCCGAUAGUCAGUGACAGUCAGGAAUAAUAGAACAUUCUCGGUAAAAACUAACCACCGCAAAAUGCCAAUGCACACCAGCCAGCGGAUCAGCGUUCUAGAACUCUAUCUAGUGAAGCAUUCUUAGAAAACCAGAUUUUCAACAUUCGAACCAUCCAACCAAGUCCGCGCCGCGCACGGCUACGCUGAUGAUGAUGACGCUGCCGCUGCUGUUAGCUGCUGGUCACCACAACACAAUCACCGUCAUCUGAAGCAAGAAUUCUGCACACAAAGCGUCGUUGCGUCGCAUCGUUGGUUGGUUGUCAUUAUCAUGCGUCACGGUGCGUUUGUUGUUUGAUGGCGGCGGCGGCGGCGGUCCCGCUAAGAACGACGAUGUCUCCGGUAGCCACAUCAACAUCCACAUGAUGAUGAUGCUUCUAUUUUUACUCCCGGCGGCGGGCGCACACCGCCACCGCCACCGUGUAGGUAGGUCGGUCGCCGGACAAAUGUAUGCUAAAUCUGCGUCGUCGUCGUCGUUCUAGGUGAAAAACGCCGCACUUCUUCGACGAUGACUUGACUGUUUGCUGAAUGCAGCAGCCGCCACCGCAAUCAACAAGCCACCGCCAGUGUAUCAGGUAGAUCACAUCACUUGUGACUACGCGGCUUUGCGCCGCGGCACUUGGCAUAUGGCAUGCACUCUGUUUCUUUUUUUGUCGCCUGGUCGUCUAUUUGCGCCAUUAGCAUAACCGGUCACCGCCGUUUUGUCGUGCGGGCAGAAUUGGAGUACAAACGGUUGGUUGUCUAUAAAGACAAUAAGGUACGAGAGCGCCAGCGUGGUACGACACAGGUGAAGUCGAUCUGAUACGCACGUGCCCUACCGAGCACGUACUGUCGGCGUGCGAAGGAGCUUCACAGUUCCACAUAUACCUACCUGCCUGAUAUUGGAGCAAAUGAAAUUGUGUUAUCACUCGUCGAAGUCCGAUCCGCAUUCUGCUGCUUCCCCCGGACUAAUCUCGUGUGUAAACUAUUUAUUUAUUUAUUUAUGGAACACUACGCUGUGAGAUCAUUGUGUCCAUUGAGAUAAGGUUCAAUUUAGUUCAACUCCUACGAUGAAUCAACUAUUUUUAAUCUGGGAAGAUACACAUAUGUAUUUGAGAACAAAGAACGAGCGCGAGAUGAGAUCGUGAAUCGUACUUCCGUUUUCCUGUGGGGCCUAGCCAUUUGUUUCUCACGCCGCCCCGAGAAGUACGAUUAGCUUGAAAAUUUAUCAUCAUGUUUUUGGAAGAAGUGUGGACAAAUUAUCUACGUACAGUUUGAACCGGUUUUCAUAGAACCAUGACCACACUGUUUUGUUAUAAAGCAUGGAUUACAGAAUCACUCUGAAAUUCUAGAGUAGCAAUCUACUUCGUCAUAUGCGCUAAUUCCCGUCAUAUCAGACGGAAAAUAGCCAAUAAUUACAACUUACCUUUUUCCAAUCGCUCUUCAAAUGGAAAAAGAUGUAGACUAUCAACUCCACUUAUUAGUUGAAAAUUUCCUCAUUUUGCCAACGACGAAGGCAACCACACCAAAGCAGCAGCUAGCCGAAUUGUUCCUCAUCACUGUACAAUUUUGACUUCGCCAGAUUCACUUGUUGGGCCCAUCUACAAUUCAAGUUCCACAAAAGCUCAGUGGCACCGCAAAGUUGGAUUUCACUGCUGCAGAAUGUAGCAAAACAUGUUCAAUAAUUCAAAUGAAUUGUUUUUUUCCGUCGGUCAAAUGUAAACAACAAGUUGCCUUCGUCUAGGGAAGAUGUAAACAAACGUGUGCGUGGAUUUUCUGUAGACGAAACGUCGUAUUUCACAACCACAAAUAAAGGUUUCAGCGUUGCACUGUGAUCAGGUGGGAAAAAUAAUUAUUAAAAUAUUUUGCUCGUCAUUCUAAAGCUACAUCCAUCUGAAUUUAAAAGCUUUCUGCUCAAAAGUACUUUGAACACAGGAUUUGACUUGGAUUACGUAGAAUUUGGCCGACUCUUCGAAUAAACACUGUCAGAUCAUAUUUUUGGGUUAUCCUAUGUACCAUAGUGUCACGUAGGUGUGUCGGGAAUUGAAUUCAGGUUGUGCCCGAUAUAGACGUGGACUAGACGGGAACAGAAAUCGAGGGACAAUUAUUCAAUCAUAUUAUUUAGGGGAAAUUAUAGUUCUUUCACAAUAUUUUGUACAACAUGAGAUGUAAGCUAAUUUAUUAAUUAAAAGUUGAUAUCAAAUUGACCAUGAGCAAUAAGGCGAGGUGAAAGGAUAAACUCGUUCAUUAUUGCUCAGUGGUUAGUUAGACGGGAAUUAGCUAAAACCCCUACAUGUUGCGGUUGAAACAGGAACAAUUAAGACGAAGUCUAGAAUGAAAACUGGAAAAGUUCUGAUGAACAUUCCAAGAAGGUAAAAUUGAACUUUGGCCCCGCAAAGCGGUAAACGCGAUUGAGUCCCAAAUAAAUGAACUAGAUAAAAAAAAAACAUUCCAAGAAGAUUUUCGAUUGGAUUCCUACGAGUUUCUAGAUGAGACACUGGAGGUGUUUCUGGAGGAUUUUCAGGUUGAAUUUCGGGAGAAAUUCCCAGGAGGACAUACAAAAAGAUUCUCUGCAUGAAUCCUUGGAGUAGUACCAAUAGGCAUUUGAAGGACUUCUAGGAGAGCUCCCUGAAGGAAUCCCAAGCUACAAUACGUAUUUCUAUCCUAACUUAAAUUGAUUUUAUUGUCUUUCCGAGGCUCUCUUCGUGAUCAUUUGGCUUAAAAAAGUUACUAUGUCGUCUUAAGGCGAAAAAUUCCUGAAACAAUUUCUGAAGAAACCCCCGAAAAAAAAAUCUAGAGAAACUUCUAAAUCCCUAGGCUAGACUUUCCUAGGGAUACUCAAAGAAAAAAUUCCUAGUUUUUGGAGCAAAUCCUAGAUCCUGUGAAAGCCUGUGGAUGAUUUUUUGAUCGAAUUUUGGAAAAAAAUAUGGAAAAAUCAUGAAUUCUUGAAGGAACUUUUGGAGAAAUACUCGAAGAAUUUUCGAAGUCCCUGUAGAAGUCCCUGAAAUAGAACUUAGAGGAUUACGAUAGAAAAUUCCGAACGGAAUCUUUGGAUAAAUUUCCUCAAUUCCUGGAGAAUCCUAGGCAACAAUUAGAUUGCCAAUUAGCUUUAAUGAGGUUCUGAGAGCAAUGUUUUUUUUAUUUCAUUGCUGUUCCAAAAACCUCUUAAAAUCUAUUUGACUUCAAAUCAUAUUCCACAAGAGAUCGCUGAUUCUUGGAGCAAUUCCUAGGGAAUUCCUGUGAAAGCAUCUGAAGGGUUUCUUUAAAAAAAUGUGUGAAGAAUUAGCUUUAAGUCUGGAAAAAAAUCAAAACUUUGAAUCACUAAAGGCACUUUUGGAGGAAUUCCCGUUUUAUUUGGGAAAAAUGCUAAGAGAACUUUUUAAAAGGAAACCCUGUUGAAGUCCUUGGACAAGAACCUACAGGCUUUCGAAGGAAAUUAAAGGAAAUUUUUGAUAAAUUCUUAAAUAAACCCCUGAAAAACUUCCUGCAGAAAUUCUUGGAGGAAUCUCAAGCAACAAUUUGCGUGCCAAUUGGCUUUGAUGAGGUUCUGAAAGCCCUCAUAAAACCUUGAUGAUUUUAUAUUGUUUUCGUUAUUGCUCCAAAAACCUAUUAAAUGCUAUUUUAUUUUAUAACAGUACUUUGAGACGCUGUUAGAAUUAUUGUAGCAAUCCCUGGAGGAUUCCAUUGAGGAGUUUCUGAUACAAUUCCUAAAGGAACCCCCAAAAGAAACUCUACAUGUAUCUCUGAAGCCCUACAGGCAUCCCUAGGGAUACUUCAAGAAGGAAUCCCUGGUUCCUGGAGCAAAUCCUAGAUGACUUCCUUGAGAAUUCUCUGGAGGAUUUUCUGAGCAAACUCUGAGAAAAAAUGAUGGAACUUGUGGAGGAAUUCAAGGAAAUUUGGGAAUAUCAAGAGGACACACAAAAGGCAUCUCUACAUGAAUCCUAUCCAAAAAAGUUCCUACAGGCAUUCGAAGGAAAAUUCCUGAAGGAAUCUUCCGAAGUUUUCAGUGAACCCCUGGAUGACUUCCUGGACGAAUAGCCGAAGAAUUCCACGCAACAAUUCGAGUUACAAUUAGUUUUAAGAAGGUUUUGAGAACUCUCAUAAAACCUAAAUGAAUUUAGUUUGGUUUCAUGGUUGUUCCAAGAUCCUCUUCAAACGUGUUUUACUUAAAAUAACACUUUGGAGUAUUGGUGGAAUUCAAGGAGUAAUUCGUGGCAGUUUUCUAUGAGGAAUUCCUGAAAAAAAAACGAAAGAAACUCUAGAAGAAUCUCUGUGGACCCCAACAGGCAUUCCUAUGGAAACUAAACAAAGUAUCUCUGAUUCCUUCAGACCGAUUUGUUUGAGUGAUUCAUGAAGAAUUUUCUGGGGAUUUUUUUUAAACAAAAUUCACUUAAAUACACUCAAAUAGCACCUCUGGAGGAAUCUUUGAAAGUUUACAGGUAUUUCUAGAAAACAUCCAGAAGGAGCAUAAAGGAUCUGAAGGAUAAAACCUUGAAGGAUUUUCUGUAGAAGCUCCUGCAGGAACUUCAGAAAUGUUGGGUAGAAUGUUCACUUCCACGCCAAGGAUCUGGGAUCGAAUCCCACUCCAACUAACUCACAAUAUGUGAGUUCUUCCUCUUAAAGGGAAGUAAUGCCGAACGUCCCGAGAUGAACUAGUCAGGAGUUAUUGAAAGAAUUUCCGAGCCCCACAAUUCUUGAGUAAGCCCCUAGAUAACUUCCUGAACAAGAAGCCCUGGAGGAAUACCCAAAGAGAAACAGUUUAGUUCCAGUUAGUUUCAAGGAGGUUCUGAGAACCGUCAUGAAACUUACGUAAAUUCAUGAUUGUUCCAACGACCUCUUUCAAUCGAUUUAAGUUAAAACUGUAUCCAUGAUGAGUGGAACUCCAAAUAAAGCAAUAUCUGUAGGACCUUUUUUAUGAGGAAGUACACCCAAAUACACCCAAAUACAACAUCUGGAGGUAUCACUGAAAUCCUGCAUGCAUUUUUUAGGAAAUUAUAAAAAAGAGAGAUCCUUGAGAAGCUGCUACAGUUCAUUUUUGAAGUUGGAAUUGGUGAACUUGCUGAGAAAACUCGAGAAGAAAAUUUGGAAAACAUCAAGAAAUCACUGAAGAAAUCCUAUCUAGAACUCCUGGAGGACUCCUAGUUUGACAUUAUGUUUUGAAGAGUUCCUGAUGGGAAUCUUAUGGGAAUACCUGAAGUAUCCUGGAGGAUCCCUUAGAGCCUUCCCUGGAAGGCCUAGAGCAAGUUUUACAGGGAAUCCUAAAGCAGAACCUGCGGGGAAAACAGAAUCAAUAUGUAGAACAAUUCCUGCAGAAAUCCUAGGAGAAACGCCUUGAGGACUUUUGUACGAAUAUCGAAAUCCAUGAUGAUUCAUGAGUUAUCUGUGGAAGUUUCUGUAGGAGUUUUCCGGACAAGUUUUAUAUAUUUUUUGGAAGAAUCCUUUCAUGAGUUCAUGUGGGCAUUCCUCGCAAUUUUUUUUAGAUUCACUGAGAAAUCUCUCAAAGAUCUCCUAGACAAGCCCAUAGAGCAAUCUCAGGAAAUAUUACUUGACAAAUUAUCAGGGAAAUUUCUGUAUGAUCUUGCGGAAUCUUAGUCCUGUGAUGAACUCUUUAACCCUCUUGAAACCCUAUUAACGUCCCCUGAAAACCCCAUGUUACUCAAAAAGUCCUCUGACACCAUAAUAUGUAAAAUUCCAUGAGCUCCACCUGAAAUCUUUUGAAACUCCUUUGAAGUCAUCAUGAAACACCUUGAAACCUUGAAAUUACCUAAAGUCUUCUUUAACCCUUUCAACUCAUUUAGAAAGAAUACUUGAGAUAGUUUUUUUUUUUUGAAAUCCUAGCUUCUUUAUGAUUAUGUUCUAACAGGCUACUGUUUUCAAUAAAAAUACUAUUAUUAAAAACACUAUUACUGUCAAUUCGACUAUAUUGUAUGGUUAAUUCAACGUCACAUUUCUACUUUCCUAUGUCGGAUGGCAGGUUACACUGUUGGCUUCACAGUCAACCCGAGCUGUUCAUUGAUUUUAGAAUCAAUUAGACUAGGGGUCAUUUAAAAAUGUCGCCCACCGUUUUGGAGGGAGGCCUUCAGAAAUAUAUUGACCAUGUCAUGCAUUCAGCAUACAAAAAAGCGCGACACAAAGAAGAAAUAAAAACUUCUGCAAUUUCUUAAUUUUUUCAAAAUUUUUGGAAUUUCUAAAAUUUAAUUUAAAAUUCAAAUUUUAUGAGUGUCUGAAAUUUUUAAAAUAUGUAAAAUAAAUACUAACAUUUCAAAAAUUUGACGGAUUUUUUUAAAUUUCUGCACCUUCCAAAAUUUUCAAAAUUUCUAAAAAUUCUAGAAGUUUUAAAACUUCUAAAAAUUCUAAAAAUUAUAAAAAUUCUCAAAUUUCUUAAGGUGAAUAUAUAACGAAUCCACACUUCGAAUUUUCAAAAGCACAAAUCUAUGGUCACCACCAGUGGGGCAUCAAUCGAUCAACUUUUCAGCGCAAUCCGUACUUUGGUUAAUCAGAUUUGUGGUCUUGAAAAUUCGAGGUGUGGCUUCGUUAUAUAUUCACCUUAAAUUUCUGAAGUUUGUAAAAAAUUUAAAAUUCCUAAAACUUAUCAAAUACCUAUUUAAAAUUUCUUAAAUUUCUGGAAUUUUCCAAUAUUUUUGAAAUUUUUAAAGUUUUUGAAAUUUCUAAAGUUUUUGAAAUUUCUGACUUUUCUGAAAUUCCUCGAAAAUAUGGCGUUACUUGAUUCGUCCCAAAGGUCCAUAACCUUUCGCCCAUUGUUGCACUCCGACCUAUUUUCCAUGAUUACCAGCACAAUACCACAGCGAUUCCUCGUACUUCAUCCUGCCAGCACUAUCACCAUCCAUUGUCAAUUAUCUCGUUGACAGCAUCGACUGCAGCACAGUCCCACGCAAAAGGCCAUUAUUCAUCCUGCAAAGAAAGGAUGUGAUGUGAGCGCACCACUGCACUAUUCCAUUACAUAUUGUCACCUACGAACCGGAUUCAUCCCACUCCUCCAUAACUUAUGGAAAAGAAAAAAAAAAUGAUUCGGAGUGAGAGGCUCAACCCGAGCCUCCCCGGGGAACCGAUAACAAAUUGCAUUAUUUCCAUCUGAAAUCCCUCCGAUGGUGGUGCGGGUGCUGGUGCGUGAACCGAGAGCCCCGAUUCACUCGGGGUCAAGAGGUGACCUGUGAGUGUGAACUCCUUCCAACCCGUUUGCAAGUCAUAGGGGGGGGGGAUGAAACUGUUCCCAUUUGUUGCCAUGCUUGCGGUUCUUGAUGGCCGCCAGGCUAUGUGACGGACGACGACAGCGCUUGUCCUCGGUCUUUCUUUCUUAGUUACUCGAGCGCUGCCGCCACCGACCGGCAAACAGUAAUCAAGAAAAUGGGUGACUUUGGAACAGUGCCUAAUGAGUGCGCUCGAAUCGCGUCGAGUCGAGUCGAGCCGAUGUCUGGGUUAUUUACAUAAAACAGACAUCUGUACUAGAAAUGGGGGAGGGCGGAUAUGUACUUGAGGAGUGCACUGGAGGGGACUGGAGCACUGACUCAUUUGCAACCUGGUUUCCAAUGCCUUCCAAUGCAAUGGCCUUCGUCGCUACUGGGGCAAACACGAUGAGAUAAUAAAGAACCAGCAUUGCGAUGGAGGUGGUGGUAUGUCGCAUUUCCGAAAUGUUACGGUCGCCAUGUAAAUUCAGAGUUUUUCAGAAUCAUUCACAUAAAAAAGAUUACCAUAACAGCAAUAGCAACGUGCAAACAAGCCUUAUGAAAAGCUUUGGCAGAAUUUAUGGUUCAUUGCAGUUUUUGGAAUGUUUUAGUAAAGGUUCCCAUUUUUUUUUCCUUUUUUUUAACUUUACUUCUGGAUAAUUCGUGGAUUUCUAGCAGAAAUUUCACAGUAAUUUCCAGAUGAAACUAUUGGGAUAUGUCAAGCAAAAAACCUACCUACAACUCGUGACCAAAUGACUAGUAUUUGUUUUGUAUACCUUUCUAGGAUGACGUCUGAGAUUUCCGAGUUUUAAGAACAAAAACUCUCAAAAUAUUUUUAUUUUUAUUUUUGCGUUAUGAUGAGAUUUUUUAAAAUAGUUUCAAUUGUGUUCCCUCCGAAAUUCCUAAAAAGGAUCACUGCAUCCAUUGACUGCCAUUUUACGCAUAAUUGUCCCAUGUUACUUGGGAUUCCCACAUAACAUGGGACAAUUGGGUGUAGACAGGCAGUUGAGGGAUUCGUAACUUUUUUCGAAUUUGAUUGAAACGAAUGAAUUGUUUGCAGUAAUUCCAACAUAAUUUAUCAGGAAAAUUAAAAAUAAAAAUGCUAGAACAUAGAAAAAAUAUGUUUGAUUAUUUUUCUACAGAAAUCAUGAAAUACUUGCUGGCAAAUUUUCGAGUCCAAGAAGGAAGUUCAAAUGUAGAUAUCUUAAAAUAUUUCAGAAGAAAUUCCGGGGAACCUCAGAACUUUCUUAGGAAGGAUUUCUUAGAGCAACAAAAACCGUUUUUUUUAUAAUUUUCUCCGCAAGUAAAACAUAUUCAUUGCUUUCAUGGAGUGAUUCGUAACUGGAUUCGAAUUGUGAGAGAAACGAAAAAAAUGUUUAAAGUAUUCCAACAAAAUUUGGCAAAAAUAAAUUCAGAAAAAAAUAAUUGGAAUUUGAAAAUAAAUGAAAUUUUUCUUGAAAUACUUGCUGACAAAUCUUGGAGUUCAAGAAGGAAGUUUAUAAUGAAGGUAUCUGAAGAUACUUCUGGAGAGAUUUCUUUGGUGAAUCUCAGAAUUUUCUUGGGAAAGCUUUCUUGAAGAACCAAAAUCCGUUUUUUUUUUGCAUUUUCUCCGCAUGUAAAAAUAUUCACUGCUGCUUCCAUGGAGGCAUUCAUAACCGGACACAAAUUGUGAGUGAAAUGAUUGAAUUAUUUACAGUAAUUUUAACAGAAUAUAGCAGGAAAACAUUCCGAAAAAAAAUCCAGAAUUCAUAAAAAAAUAUUUCUAAUUUUUUUUAUAGAAAUCUUGAAAUACUUACUGACGAAUCUUGGAGUUCAAGAAGAAAUCUUGUAAUGUAGAUAUCUGGAGUUAUUUCUGGAAGAGGUUUUAAAGAAUUUCUUUGGGGAAUCCAAAAAAUUUCUCAGGAAGGCUUUCCAGGCCAUAGCAUCAAAAUCUGAUAUUUUUGAAUAAUUUUCUCUGCAUGAAAAAAUGUUCACUGCUUUCGUGGUAGGAAUCGUAGUUGCACUGUGGAAUAAAUGAACUAUUUGUAGUGAUUCCAACAGAAUUUAACACGAAAAAAGUUCAAAAAAAAAAUGCAAAAAUUAAAAUAUUUUUUUUUAACUUGAAACAUAUAGAAGUCCGAGGAGGAAGUAUUAAAUUAAGAUAUCUGGAGAUAUUUCUGGUGGAAUUCUGGAAGAUUUUUUUCGGUGAAUUCCAGAAAUUUCUUAGGAAAGUUUUCUCAAAACAACAAAAUCCAUUUUUUUUUUUCAAUUUGCUCUGCAUGUAAAAAAUAUUCGCUGCUUUUGUUACUGAACUCGAAAUUUAAGUGGAACAUGAAUGAAUUUAGUAGAAAAGUAUUCUUGAAAACAUGCAAAAAUUUAAAAAAAAUAAAAAAAAAUCACAAAAGUCCUGAAAUACUUGCAGACGAAUCUUUGGGUCAAAGAAGGAAGCUUUUAGUGUAGAUAUCUGAAGAUAUUUCUAGAGCAAUUCAGGAAGAAUUUCUUUAGGGAAUCCCAGAAAUUUCUUGAGAAAGUUUUCUCAAAGCAACAAAUUCCGUGUUUUUUAUAAUGUUUUCCGCAUGCAUAAAAAAUUACUGCUUUCAUCGAGGGAUUCGUAACUGAACUUGAAUUUUGAAUGAAACGAGUGAAUAGUUUACAGUUAUUCCAACAGAAUUCAACAGAGAAAUUUUUCGAAAAAUGUCUAGAAUUAAAAAAAAAUAUUUUAGAAUAUUUUGUACAGAAAUCUCUUGAAAUACUUACUGGCGAAUCUUGGAGUCCAAGAAAGAAGCUUUUAGUGUAGAUAUCUGGAGGAAUACAGGAAGAAUUUCUUUAAGGAAUCCCAGAAAAAUAUUGGGAAGGCUUUCUUAGAGCAACAAAAUCCGAUUUUUUAUAUUUCUUCCACAUGGAAACAAGUUUAUGGGUUCAUAGAAGGAAUCGUAACUGGACGUUUAUUUUGCGUGGCUAGAAUUAAAAAAAGUUCUCAACAUUUUUAACAGGAGUCUCGAAAUACUUGCUGAUGAAACUUGGAGUCCAAGAAAGAAGCUUUUAAUGCAGAUAGCUGGAGAUAUUUGUGUAAGAAUUUUCUAAAAACAAUUUCAAAAAUAAAAAGUGCAAGAAUUAAAAAAAAAAUUAAAGCAACAAAUUCCGUUUUUUUAUAAUUUCUUCGUAAGUAAAAAGAAUUCACUGCUUUUAUGAAGGGAUCAAUUAUGAACUCGAAUUUUGAGUGGAACGAAUGAAUUGUUCACAGUAAUUUUUAAAGAAUUCGGCAGAAAAAUAUUCCAAAAAAAAUGGUAGAAAUUAUAAAAUAUAUAUUUUUACAGAAGUCUUGAAAUACUUGCUGAAGAAUCUUGAAGUCCAAGAAGGAAGUUUUUAAUCUAGAUAAGUGGAGAUUCUGGAAUAAUUUCUUUAAGGAAUCCCAGAAAAUUAUGCUUUCUUAAAGCAACAAAUUACGAUUACUUUUUAAAUUUUCUCCGAACGUAAUAAUUUAGUAAUAUUCACUGAUUUCAUGGAGGGAUUUGUAACUAGACUCCAGUUUUGAAUGGACCGAAUGAACUGUUUACAGUCAUUCCAACAGAGUUUGGCAGAAACAAUUUUCGAAAAAAAUGUCAAAAUUUUAAAAUAUAUUUUAGAUUUUUUUACAAAAGUCUUGAAAUACUUGCUGAUGAAUCUUGGAGUUCAAGAAAGAGGUUUUAAUGUAGAUAUCUGGAGAUAUUUCCGGAGGAAUUCUGGAAGAAUUUCUUUGGAGAAUUCCAGAAAUUUCUUAGGAAAACUCUCUUGAAGCUACAUAAUCCGAUUUUUAUGUAUUUUUUUUCGUAUUUUGGACUACCACAAGUAGUCCAGAGAUAAAUUCCUGAAAAAUGUAAAUGGAUCUUGUAAUGAUGACUAGAUAAGAUUCUUAAUCUCCGAGUGUUGACGUAAUACAAGUUCGAUUGACCAUUCUAAAGACUGCAUCCAAUGCGCAAAUGAAUUCGAUAUCAUAAACAAACAACAAACACGAACAGGUUCAAACUGACUCCACCAUUCCAGAGCCACGUUAACUGCGGCUCCCAAAAAUGGUACCCACCCCAGUUUAAAGAGCGAUUUAAUGUCCCCACAUUAUCACCACGAGCUUGAAAUUGGUCACAAAGAAGCCGACCAUUCCUCGAAGCUUCUCGAAGAUACCGGUCUUGACUUUCCAAAAUCAGAUUCGAACAAAAACACACAAGUCACAAUGGAGGGAGGGCACCACCGCCAUCAUCGAUUGUCAUUGAACUUACCCUGAAGAUAAACAAACACAUUCAGUUGUACCGGCCGACCAAAGUACCGAUUAAAAAUCAAUUACACCACCAUCGCCGACACAAGCAUGUGAACAUCACGCCGAACCAAGUACGGGAGACAUGAUUCAUACCACCACGAAAAUAAGAUCAUUAAUGUUCUCAAAAUGGUGCUAUAAAGUUGCUGAGCCAACUCCGUUGAUAGAUAGAAAGAGAAAGUGGCCAAAUUGAAACGAAUCAUAUUCAAGCGGAAUAGGUACACUCAAAGAAGAAAAAAAGCCGCAAAACGAGAAAGGUCGAUAAAACAAAAACUAACUACUAGAUAAUUCUUCUAAGGCCUCGAAUGGAACAAUAAAUCGUUAGUAUUAGAAAUGAGAACUAAAAUCUACACAAACUGCAGAUGUCCUAGAUACGCGCAAAAAAAAAACUGGGAAAGUUUGUAAAAAGAUGAGUACUGUCUGUACGCUUCACGAUCAUCAUUAGUUUUUCAAUAUGACUAGUUAGAUGGUAUCCACCAUAAACACCUACAACUGAAACAGAUGCUUUAAUUUCUAGGAACCGUAGACAGGUAUAGCUAAAAGCAGUUCAUCGAUCGGUAGGAUUUCUUCUCAAAGAGACUUGAUCGAUAAGGCAAUGGUGCUUCAAAGAUGUAUUUGCAUUUAAGGUAAAACUUGCUGAGAGCAAAUCUUGAAACAGAAGAAGAAUCGAGAAGCGUAGGUAUGUAUUCGUGUGACGGAUAGGAUGUUUCAAUUAAAAAUUGAUGUAUUUAUCUAUCGGAGGAGAAUUAAUAUUUACAUGGUAAACCAACUCAAAACAAGAAUGACUAGAUUAAUACUAAACGCAAAGCAGGGUGUCUAAAUAAGUAUUUUAGUUCAUAAGGUACGGUUAAAUCAAUCCCAUCACUGGCAGCAACACACUCCUAGCGUUUAAGACACAUUAUAGAGACCGGUAAGCCACACAUAACCACCAACCAACCUGAUCCGCUGAUUGUCCCAACAGUGAUCGGACGGUAAAUAAGUAUAACAUAUGGUUGAUUCGGUGUCUAAACAUUCACGAAAAACUCAUCAACUGCAAAUUCGGUAGGAAAAGAAGCAGAAGACAAAUUGCAACAAAAAAAACGAUAUUGAAUCACAAUCAUAUUAGCAAAAGCAAACCAGAAGCCAAGUGUGAGAACAAUAUGCGAUGGGGCAGUAUACCCUAACGUUUGAAACGCAAUACCAACAGAAGUAAACCCGCACAAGGUCGCAACACGGUCCUGGUUAUGGCACUAGCACGCACAUUCAAUCGUGGUACGAAUUCAGAUCAACGGUAUAAAAAUUCUUGCGAUCGCAACGCGGUCGAACACGGAAUCGAAUAAGGUGAACACACUGACUGUGCCAAGUGCAAAAACAAUGUGCAACUCAAGAAACCGACAAAUUGAAGAAAACGAGACACCAAAUUAAAAUACCGACGCAAGUUAUCGGUUAUCGUUAGCGAUGUUGAAUUUAACAUUGAAUGUACGUUUCGUUGCCAAUGGAUAAUGUCGUUCACAAGGAAAAGCUUGCAAGUUCUGUCGCCAAAUCAACUGUUGUCUUGAUUUUGCUAUUGUGAUUGCUCAAAACAGAUCUAACCAAAAAACAAACGUGCCAGUUUUUUCAGUUUUCUAUCACCUGUAUCAACACAAUUACUAUCAGUUAACGCAAAACAAAAACAUGUCUCUCUUAAUGCAAAAUAGUCACAAAUUCACUCGUUGUAUAUAGUGGUAAUAGCAUAGUGGACCCCUAACAAGUACAUCACCAAUCCUAUUUAAUUUAUUCUCCCCCUAGAAUGUAAGGCACUUUCAGUUCAAAACCAAAAAAAAACAACAGGAAUUAAGAACAUUGUCGAAUUACAAAAACAAAAAUCCCAAUUGAUUUACCAAACAACCCCUGUUUAUCACUUUUUCACUUGACCAGGAGGGGACUAAAAUGGGAAAUCGAAACCAACUGAACGGGAAGAAGAAGAAACAAACUGAAAGCAGAACGUUGAGUAGUUUUAUGCUCGCAAACUAAUUAUCUAAGAAAGAAUGUGGAAAAUAAAGAAAUCCAACAAAUUUGUCCAACCA